AUUUCCAUUUAAACGUGCUCCAUAUCAAACUCAGAAUUGUGCCUAGCUAGCAAGUGAAGGAAAAAUAAGCAAUAUGUCGAUUAGUAAAUGUGCAUUGAUUCACAUGAGUAGCUCUGCAGAUCGAACUCCAUUUACUCACAACUUCAAACCCUUUGCAGUUACCCCUUUCAAGACGGCAUUUCAGAAGAACGUACCAACUCUACAAAUCAAUGCUCCUUAUAGAAGAUUGAAGGAGGCUUCUGUCAGGUUAUUGGAUGCCUUUGUUGAUCUCAUGUUUGUAUUUGUCGAUGAGCCACUUCUUCCUUCUCAGAGUAACUUUGCUCCGGUGGAAGAGGCCGGCGAAGCCGUACAAGUGUCCAUUGUUGAAGGGGCAAUACCUGAUGAAUUUCCCGAGGGUGUUUAUAUCAGAAAUGGGGCGAAUCCUCUUUACGGAGGUCUGAAAUCUGCAGUGUCCAUAUUCGGAAAGACGAGCAGUUUGUGGGUAGAAGGAGAAGGGAUGGUACACGCCGUCUACUUCAAAAAGGAUGGUGCUGGAAACUGGACAACCUCCUACAACAACAGAUACGUCGAAACCGAAACAUACCUGCUAGAAAAAGACAAGAACAGGCCUUACAUUCUCCCUGCAGCAGAAGGAAUUCCCUCAGCUGUUCUGUCCAGUUACCUGAUAAAUUUGCUGAGGCUACGGGCAGGGGCGAAGCAAUACAGCAAUACAAACGUCGUCGAACAUGGCGGUCGAUUCUUCUCAGUGACAGAGACUCAUAGUCCUCAGGAGAUCGACAUUCAUACAUUGGAGACCUUAGGGGAUUGGACUAUCGAUGGAGCUUGGACAAGGCCAUUCACCAGUCAUCCCAAGAAAGUUCCGGGGACCGGAGAACUUCUUAUAAUGGGGUGUGAUAAUCUGAAACCUUAUUAUGAAGUUGGGAUCAUCUCAGCGGAUGGAUCAAAGCUUGUCCAUAAGGAGGAUCUUAAGUUCGAUAGAACUGUGAUUAGCCAUGAAAUUGGAGUUACACAAAGGUACAAUGUGAUCUUGGAUUUUCCGAUAAUCGUAGAUAUGAAUCGGGUUCUGAAGGGAGGCCCGCUAAUAAAGUAUGAGAAAGACAAACAUUCAAGAAUUGGAGUAAUGCCUCGUUAUGGAAAUGCUGAAUCCGUCAAGUGGUUUGCAGUGGAGCCAAGCUGUGCAUUUCAUUUGAUUAAUUGCUUCGAAAAUGGCGAUGACGAGGUUGUAGUGAUGGGGUGUAAAGGCCAAGAAUCGAUCAUACCAGGGCCCGAUUUCGGAGUCGACAAAUUUAAAUGGUUUUCCAGAGGCUUUAAGAAUGUCUAUUCAGUCGAAGAAAAUGGCGAAAAUACCGAUCAAGAUGGAAUGCUUUUCGCCCGGGCUUACGAAUGGCGACUGAACAUGAAAACUGGGGAGGUGACGGAAGGGUAUCUUACAGGAACAGAAUUCUCCAUGGAUUUUCCCCUGAUCAAUCCUUCUUUUACUGGUCUGAAAAACAGAUAUGCAUAUACACAGGUUGUCGAUUCAUCGGCCAGCUCGGCUGCAGGAAUGCCGAAAUACAGUGGCCUAGCAAAACUCCAUCUUGAAGGGACUAAUGAUAAACUUGUCGAAUACCACAUGUUCCCGGAAAACACAUACUGCAGUGGAGCUGCAUUUGUUUCUAAGCCGGGAGCUUCCGAGGAAGACGACGGGUGGAUCGUUGCUUUCGUGCACGACGAAGAUGCCGACAAGUCUCAGGUGUAUAUUGUGGAUGCAAAUCGAAUUUCGGGAGGGGCAGUGGCUAAAAUUGGAUUGAACAGUAGAGUUCCUUAUGGAUUUCAUGGAAUCUUUUCACCAAUUUAAUUUUGGCACUUAAAUAUUCCAAUUUGUAUUAGUUUAUGAAUAGUGGGUUUCUUUAUGUAUAUAUUAAAGUCGAUUGUUGUUACCAUUUUGGUUGUGCCAAACGAUAGCAGUUGAGGUUGUCAGCAUCUUAGGGUUCAAUGCCAUGGAUGCUUCGUUGUAUCCACUGGUUUUUAUCCAAAUCUUAACCCAAGUUGGGAUUAUCCCGAUGCA